AUGUAUAUUGAAAUUCUGACCUGUCAAUCCCCUUUAGAUUCCGUCAACAAGAAGCAUUCUGUGUUUCGCGUUCCCCGAUUCCACCCAAUCCCUCGAAUCUAUACCGAAAGUCUUAUUGUUUUCCUUGCCUUUCGCCAAAGCUUCUUAACGCUAUCCGACGUCGACCGCGUUCGCUAUGGCAAGAAGAAUACCAGAGACGCAUUCUUGAAUUCGUUCGCUCCUCAAUACCUUGAACAGAAUUUACAUGGAAUUUCAUUCAAAUGCAUGUGUGAUUUAGUCCAAGAUCUAUGGGCCGCGAAACACUUCCUUGCUGGAUCUGACUUGAACAAGCUUUUCAAGGGCUCUUCCUGUGAGCGACAGCAAGAUCCCGCUUUUCGAAGACUUAUCAAUGUCCCAAUAUUAGGCGAGGUAUUGGAAACUAAUAUCUGGCUGUCGAACCAGCAGUCACAUUAUAAGCCGCGUAUCACCCCAUCUUUCAGGAUUAGAAAGUUGCUUUCAACACGUCCAUGUCCUUUGCCACGCAUGGAUCCUGACCAACUCAAUUUUAAUCGCGAUAAUAUGAUUGAAUGUCCUCCAGUAUCUGGUCCUUCCAAACCUGACCUUGGUCCCUACGAAGAUGAUUAUGAGUGCAGCACAGCGCUUCCCUUCCUUCUCCAACAUUCUCUCCUCACGACACUCCAAAUUCUCUUCGAGAAAUCUCUAUUCAGCUUCGCAUCCGAACACUUUCCUGCCGACCUAGUUUUGAACUUCAAAACUUGCUCCAAGCCUAUUAAGCUCAGUAGCUGGAGCUCGCAUAUACACAUGAACGCUGCUGAUAUCCGGCUCAAACUUGGCUCUAGCUUUGCUCUUGAAUAUCUGCUUUUCUUUCUGGGUCGCUUGGAAACAGUGAGAGACUUAGUUGUGCAUCGGAAAGAUGGUGAGUCGAUCGGAUGCACUUUUGAUAUUAUGACAGAGCAGUGGCUAACGAAAUCAGGCGUUCCUAUUGGAGCAAUCAAUAGUAUGUGCAAAGAUAGCAUAAUUUUGGCGAGAGCUUUAGGAGACACACGAGCAGUUUUACUACGCUCGGCACAGGAAAAAUUGUUCAUGAUUUCAGAAACACUGCUACAGAUCCAAACGCUACCUCAACGUUUUUCCUUGCUUGACGAAGAACUAGAAAUCGAUCUGAUGAUGAAAUCCAGCCUUCAAAUCUCAAAGAAUGGCGAAUCUGCUUCACGUAUUGAGGUGUCUUAUUCUGAAGCAAUGGAACUAUACUCGAAGUUAUCCAAAUGA